AUGUCAAAAUCACAAGGACUAAAAGCUCUCAACGCUCUGUUCAAACCAACCUCCCCUCCCGCCAAAACAACCACCGUCACCACCGCCACAAGGGCUCAUGGACCCUCUCGCUCCCCGGAAACCCACUUCAUUCCCCUCAUACACGCCUCCAACACCCUUCCUCAACUCCACCAAAUCCACGCCCAAAUCUUCCUCCAUAAUCUCUUCUCCAAUAGCCGGGUGGUUACUCAGCUCAUUUCCUCCUCUUGUUCGCUCAAAUCCCUCGAUUACGCCCUUUCCAUCUUUCGUUGUUUUGAUCACCCCAACUUGUUUGUUUUCAACGCUUUGAUUCGUGGGCUUGCUGAGAAUUCUCGAUUUGAGGGCUCUGUUUCGCAUUUUGUGCUAAUGUUGAGGUUGAGUAUUCGACCUGAUCGAUUAACUCUGCCGUUUGUGCUCAAAUCUGUGGCGGCUUUGGUUGAUGUAGGGCUUGGGAGAUGUCUUCAUGGUGGAGUCAUGAAGCUUGGGCUUGAGUUCGAUUCUUUUGUUCGGGUCUCGUUGGUUGAUAUGUAUGUUAAAAUUGGGGAGUUGGGUUUUGGUUUGCAGCUGUUUGAUGAAAGUCCUCAGAGAAAUAAAGCAGAGAGUAUUCUGCUGUGGAAUGUUUUGAUUAAUGGGUGUUGUAAAGUGGGGGAUUUGAGUAAGGCUGCUUCGCUUUUUGAGGCAAUGCCGGAGAGAAAUGCGGGUUCUUGGAAUAGUUUGAUUAAUGGGUUUGUCAGAAAUGGAGAUUUGGACCGAGCUAAAGAGCUUUUUGUUCAGAUGCCGGAGAAGAAUGUGGUUUCUUGGACCACAAUGAUUAAUGGGUUUUCACAGAAUGGGGACCAUGAAAAGGCUUUAUCAAUGUUUUGGAGGAUGCUGGAGGAGGGCGUGAGGCCUAAUGAUCUAACUGUUGUUUCUGCUCUUUUGGCUUGCACCAAAAUUGGAGCUCUCCAAGUUGGAGAACGAAUCCACAAUUAUCUCUCGAGCAAUGGUUUCCAGUUGAACAGAGGGAUUGGGACUGCUCUGGUUGACAUGUAUGCAAAGUGUGGGAAUAUCAAGUCUGCUAGCCGGGUUUUUGUUGAGACAAAAGGGAAGGACCUUCUUACUUGGAGUGUCAUGAUAUGGGGGUGGGCAAUCCAUGGAUGUUUUGAUCAAGCUCUUCAAUGCUUUGUAAAGAUGAAAUCUGCAGGAAUAAACCCAGAUGAGGUUAUAUUUCUUGCCAUCUUAACUGCGUGUUCUCAUUCCGGGAACGUAGAUCAGGGGCUUAAUUUCUUUGAAAGCAUGAGGCUUGACUACUCCAUUGAGCCUACCAUGAAACAUUAUACAUUAAUUGUAGAUCUGUUAGGCAGGGCAGGCCGGCUGGAUGAAGCUCUAAGUUUCAUUCAGAGCAUGCCGAUAAAUCCUGAUUUUGUGAUAUGGGGAGCACUCUUUUGUGCCUGCAGGGCUCACAAAAACAUUGAAAUGGCAGAACUUACUGCAGAGAAGCUCCUGCAGCUUGAACCUAAGCAUCCUGGAAGCUAUGUUUUUCUGUCAAACGUUUAUGCUGCAGUGGGAAGAUGGGAAGAUGUAGAAAGAGUGAGAACUUUAAUGAAGAAUAGAGGUGUAGAGAAAGAUCCUGGGUGGAGCUAUAUUGAAGUGGAGGGCCAAGUGCAUAGUUUUGUAGCUGGUGAUCAUGCUCAUGUGCGUGCAGAAGAGAUAAGCCUAAAACUAGAGGAGAUAACAGCAAGUGCAAAGCAAGAAGGAUACAUGCCUGAAACUGCAUGGGUACUUCACAAUAUUGAAGAAGAAGAGAAGGAAGAUGCGUUGGGAAGCCAUAGUGAGAAGUUGGCACUUGCCUUUGGGCUCAUUAGUACUGCUCCGGGGUCAACCAUAAGGAUUGUGAAGAACCUGAGAGUCUGUGGGGAUUGCCACUCCAUGAUGAAAUAUGCUAGUAAGCUGAGUCGAAGGGAGAUCGUAUUGAGAGAUAUAAAGCGAUUUCAUCAUUUCAAGGAUGGAUCUUGCUCUUGUGGAGACUACUGGUAAUACAGUAAGCUACCCAGCUUGCUUGUAUAACAUUUUUCUGGUGAAGUUUUGUCAACUCACAUUUUUCAUUUAUAUUUAUCUAACCAUUUGUCAGAUUGACUUAAUAAAGCUAUCUCAAUUAUUUGGGUGUUGGUAA